CCUUAACUUUCACUUUCGGACGGAGGGUAAUGGUGUAUGUACGAAGGUCGAUUCGAAAUACUGUCUAUAAUAUUUUAUUGCUUUAGAAUAAUCGACAGCUAACGUUAUCAACAUCUUAAUCAUUUACCAUAUAAUUGAAGUAAAGCUCAUAUCGUGUGCUUCGGUCAGAUCAGAGGUUACUUUCGAUUUCCUCUCACAAUCUCCUCUUCGUCUUUCGAGUUGAGCUUGGCAGCGCGACAGCUAGGUGAAGUCAUGUCAGGUUUACUGGAGAUGUUAAAGAACGAACAUCCCGAUGUUGCUCAUCGUCUUCAUGAGGCAGGAAAUGCUCCCAUCACAGGUAAAUCAAACUUGUUGUUGCAGGUGCAAAUCUGCGCACUGAGGCUGACAUGCUGUCACUGACUCGAGAAGAUCUGCAUCAGCUGUUUCCUGGAGAAAAGUACCUCAAACUGAGAAGAACGAUCUUUGAUAUCAUACACAAACAGAAACCUGUUAGUCCGCUUUUAAGACACAUGAAACAAUUCAUCCCAGGUGAAUUGUUCAGGGCUGCUAUAAAUGACAACGGGGUGUUGGUUGAGUACCUCUAUAUCCUGAAGGACAUGCAGACCCAUAUGAAGGAUAUCCAGAGUUUCCAAGAUGCUCACAUUUGUUUUCUCAGAGAAAACAUCCAGAAUCAGCCAAACCCAGGAUCAGCCACCAAUCUAAAGGAACCCCUCAGUGACGGCCGUCCUCAAGAAGCACAAGAUUUACUGCAGAAAAGGAGAAAUACAAUCCCAGGUGUUGCUGAUGCUUUGCAACAGGCAGGUCUGUACACCGACACCAAAAUCCAGUCACUGACUCAAGAAAAGCUGCUCAAGCCGUUUCCUCCCCUGGAGAACGCCGAAAUGAUGACGACUAUCUUUGAAAUAAAAGAAAAUCAGGAAGAAUCCAUCGAGAAUCAGCCAAAGCAGGAAUGUACCUGUGAUCCAGCAAAGCGUCGCAAAUAUGGCCAUACUCAAGGGCCACACGGUGAAGUCUUGUCAGAUUUACUGAGGGAAAUAAGGCAAAAAUACCCAGCUGCUGUUGAUGUUCUGCGACGGGCAGGUCUCCACACCGACUCUGACAUCCGGUCACUGACUCGAGAAGAGCUGUUCGAGCUAUUUCCUGACCCGGAGAAUCUCCAACUGAGAAGGGGGAUCUUUGACAUGAUACAGAAACAGAAGUCUGUUGAACAUCUCCUCAGAGGAGUGUAUAACGUCACCUCAGAUACAUUUCUCAGCGCUGACAAAAGGGACUUGGUAGAUUUCCUAGGUAUCAUGAAUGACAAGAAGACCCAAAUGGAUAAUGUCAAGCGUUUCCUUGAUGCUCACAUUGAGGUUCUGGAAGAAUCUACCCAGGAUCCGCCAAUAUUCCAGCCAGAAUCAGCCAAACCAUCUGCAGCGAGUAAUCGCAAUGGACGCCUUCAUCCAAUGCCAGAUGGUUCCUCCGUUGAUAAGGUGCACUCUACUGGCAGAAAACAAGCACAAGGGCCCCCCAAGGUUGUGAAAACCGCGAAAGGCUAUUUGAAGUACCAGAUGGUUGUUAGCGGGAGAACAUUUUGUGCACAUGAGCAGCUGAUGGAGAAAGUGAAGAAGGAAGUUCAGGAUCAGUUUGCUCUUGUUCAAAGCAACAGCAACGACUGCGCUGUCACCAUUGUCUUCUGCCCCAUCGUUUCUCGCAUGGGGCCUGAUGUUGAGUCAGCCCUGAGAGAUGUUAAAUCUGAUAAACCUGUCAUUCUGGUUUUGUUGCACCACGCCUAUGAGGCCAAGUUCAUUCCAAAUGUGGAACAAGAGCGUCCUAACGUUCAGCUGCAAGUCAACGUGUUCUUUCACGAAACGAAACCUGGAUUACUUGAGUGUGAUGAAAAUAAAGCUGCUGUUAACUGCAUGAAAAAGAAAUUACAAGAUUUCCCCAUCUCAUAUGGCCAUGUUGUGGCUGCUGGAAAUUCUGGAUCAACUGGCAGUAACAACAAGAGUUCUAGAUCUGGAAUUCUGAAUUUGUUUAAUCGUUAGAAUUGGCAGUGUUGGUACGAGCAGCAAUGACGUUUUUUCCUCUCGUGUCAAACAAAAAAAAAGGAAUGGACCAAUAACAUCAGAAGACAAUCAAUCCAAAUGUGAUUCAUUAGACUGUUUUGAAUUGACUCUUCUAUCAUAAUCUGAAAACAUAAUUGUAUUCUCCUUUGUAAAAAGUGGUUAGCUACUAAUUUGUAGUCUAAUUAUAUAUCUCCGUGUAAUAAUUCUCCAGAUAUUAUAACAUGAGUGUAAAGUAAGUGAUUAAAGAGUGCAACAAAGCUUAGUGAUUUGCCAACAUAAUUACCUUUUGAAAACCUACAUAGGCCAGAAAUUAAAUAAUUACUGCAACUAUAAGAAUAGAAUGAAAGGCACAGUAUGUCUUGUUUUAAUGCAUGAAUGUUAAUUUUUGCUGCAACUAAUUCUAAAGUUUUCUUUCCUGAAGUGUAUGUUUUGUGUGAUGACGAUAUAUGUAAUACUUAUAUACACUAGAAUACUUAAUAACACAUUAAUAAUACAGUCUGCCAAUUAAGAAAAACAUCAAAAAUGUGGUUGCGUAUUGCUAUACAGUAAUCUAACAAACGUUAUGAUACGUUUUUUUGGUUUAAUUUACAUUAUUUGUGUGUUAACCUCAUUGUUAUUGCAGGGAAAUUGAACCGCAAACAGUUUUAGAGGUUAGAAGGUAUAUUUAGACCUAUAAAUCAAAGCUUAUUUAAAGCCUUGACAUAUUUUAAGUGGAUGUUUAUGUAUUUGGUUGGUGGAAACAAAGUAAAAAACAGCCACGUGUAUGCGGAGGAGCUGUCAUGAAACAUCUAUUCUUUGAUUUGAAGGCUUUUGUCCAUGAAAUUAUUGUUAUUUCUGUUGACGUUGCCUAAUACAUUCUCACAACUUAACAUCCAAUACUAACACCUUUAGAGUUAAACACAACUACUGAGAUUGUGGGAGUAGUAUGAGGAAGACUCCAGAUAUGCUAACUUCUUUAAUUUGCAGUUGUUAGGCCAUCAACUAAUAAAAAAAACUCUGACCUCAGGA